AUGAACAUGCUGGCUCCGGUCCGCAGGGACAGGGUCAUCUCCGACCUGCCACUGUGUUUUCGGAAGGAGGCCGCCCUGCACACCCGCCACGCCUUCCACCCCACAGUUGCCAGCGCCUGCCAGGAGCAGCGGACAGGCACCGUGGGGUUCAAGAUCUCCAAGAUCAUCGUGGUGGGGGACCUCUCGGUGGGCAAGACCUGCCUGAUCAACCGCUUUUGCAAGGACACCUUCGACAAGAACUACAAGGCAACCAUUGGGGUGGAUUUCGAGAUGGAGCGGUUCGAGGUGCUGGGGGUGCACUUCAGCCUCCAGCUGUGGGACACUGCCGGCCAGGAGCGCUUCAAGUGCAUCGCCUCCACCUACUACCGGGGAGCACAAGCUAUUGUCAUUGUCUUUGAUGUCAAUGAUGUGACAUCCCUGGAACACACACGGCAGUGGCUGGCUGAUGCCCUAAAGGAGAAUGACCCAUCCAAUGUGAUCCUAUUCUUGGUGGGCUCCAAGAAGGACCUGAGUACGCCAGCGCAGUACAGCCUGAUAGAGAAGGAUGCUCUGAAGGUGGCCCAGGAGAUGCAGGCAGAGUACUGGGCUGUGUCCUCACUCACUGGGGAGAACGUGCGGGAUUUCUUUUUCCGUGUGGCGGCAUUGACCUUCGAGAGCAGCGUGCUGGCCGAGCUGGAGCGCAGCAGCACCCGCAGGAUCGGCGACACCGUGCGGAUCAGCAGCAACGAGAGCGACCUGUACCUGUCGGCACCGCGCAAGAAACCCAAGUGCUGCCAGUGA